CAACUCAAUCAUUUGUCUCACACAAAUGGAGUCAACAGCAUCAGCCUCCUCCUUCCUUCUCCUCCUCCUCCUCCUCCACCAUUCUUCAGCCACAACACCAACCCUACCCACUUCAAACUCUAGUUUUCCCAAUGAAGCACUGCCUACAAAAUCUGGGUACCUCCCAGUCAACCCGAAAACCAACUCAGCCAUUUUCUACACUUUCUAUGAAGCUCAACACCCAACUUCACCUCUCUCUCAAACCCCACUUCUCAUCUGGCUUCAGGGUGGUCCUGGAUGCUCCUCCAUGGUUGGGAACUUCCUCGAACUGGGCCCUUAUCGUGUUGUUUCUGAUUCCGAAGAACAAAACGUUACUCUUCAACCCAAUUUAGGCUCUUGGAACCGCAUUUUUGGCCUCAUUUUCCUUGAUAAUCCUAUAGGAACUGGGUUUAGUAUUGCUUCUAAGAAUGAAGAGAUACCAAGAGAUCAAAACACUGUUGCUAAGCAUCUCUUUUCUGCAAUAACUAAGUUUCUUGAAUCAGAUCCAGUGUUCAAGACUCGUUCGAUCUAUAUAACUGGUGAGAGUUAUGCAGGAAAGUAUGUUCCUGCAAUAGGACAUUACAUUUUGAAGAAGAAUAUGAAGCUGCCUGUGUCAAAGCAAGUGAAUCUGAAAGGUGUUGCUAUAGGUAAUGGGUUAACAGAUCCUGUGACACAGGUGAGAACUCAUGCUGUGAAUGCUUACUUUUCUGGUUUUAUCAAUGAGAGACAAAAGAGGGAAUUAGAGGAAGGUCAAAAGGAGGCAGUUAAGUUAGUUAAAAUGGGAAAUUGGAGUGCGGCAACGAAUGCAAGAAGUCGGGUCUUGAGUUUAUUGCAAAACAUGACAGGGCUAGCUACGAUGUAUGACUUUACUAGGAGAAUGCCUUACGAGACAAGGUUGGUUACGGAGUUUUUGCAAUCUGUCGAGGUGAAGAAGGCAUUAGGUGCAAAUGAAUCUAUAGUUUUUGAGCACUGUAGUAAAAUGGUGAGGGAAGCAUUGCAUGAAGAUCUGAUGAAGAGUGUCAAGUACAUGAUGGAAUUCUUGGUAAAGAAUACUAAGGUAUUGUUGUAUCAAGGGCAUCUUGAUUUGAGAGUGGGUGUGGUUUCCACUGAAGCUUGGAUUAAGACAAUGAAAUGGGAGGGAAUAGGGAAGUUUUUGAUGGCUGAAAGAAAGAUAUGGAAAGUGAACGGAGAGCUUGCUGGGUAUGUUCAGAAGUGGGGGAGUUUGAGUCAUGCCUUGGUGUUAGGGGCUGGACAUCUAGUGCCUACAGACCAGGCAAUAAAUUCUCAGGCUAUGGUAGAGCAGCGGCGGAACCAAGGGGAGGCCAGCAGGGGCCCGGGCCCCUGCAAAACUUUUUUUUUUUAAAAUAUAAUAAAUAAUAAACUUUUAAUAUUAAAUUAUUAUUUUAUUAGUUAUGUUUAACUUUAAUAGGCUAAAUAUCAGUGUAUCCCUAUGCAAGUAGAAAACAAAAGCUUUCCAAUUUUUAAUUCCUUUCCUUUA